AGUCCGGGGCUGGACCUCCUGGCGCCUUCUCUCUCCCAUGGCGGCGCCCCUGAUCCCGUGGCUGCUGCUGCUUACCUUGCCGGGCCUCUUGCAGGCCGGCCUUCCCCCACCCUUCCCCCGAGCCGGCUCGGAGCCCAGCCAGAGCUGUUCGGUGGUGCUGGACCCAGUAUCCGGGCAGCCCAAGGUCGCAAGCGGCUGGGAUCCCGAAGCGGUCGCCUGGGCCAACCUCACCGACAGCAUUCGGAGCAACGGAUGGGCCUUCUUGGAGCUGGCCACCAAUGAGAAGUAUAAUGACAGCCUCCAGGCCUAUGCCGCAGGGCUGGCUGAAGCGGCAGUGUCUGAGCAGCUCAUCUACAUGCACUGGAUGAACACCAUGGUGGGCUACUGUGGCCCCUUCAAGUACCAAACGGACUACUGUGAGAAGCUGAAGAGCUAUAUUGAAACUAACCUGGCCUGGAUGGAGCAAGAGAUGGAGACCCAGCAAGAUUCUGCGUACUGGCAUCAGGUUCGCCUUGCCUUGCUUCAGUUGAAGGGCCUUGAGGAUGGUUACAAUGGACGUGUAGCCUUCCCUUCUGGCAAGUUCUCCAUCACCCCCUUUGGCUUUCUCUUGUUCCAGCUGGGGGGCGAUUUGGAAGACCUGGAAGCGGCCUUCAAUAAAUCGGACAGCCAGCGUGUCCUUGGCUCUGGUUCCUGCUCGGCCUUGAUCAAGCUGUUGCCUGGCAACCAGGACCUCCUAGUCUCCCAUGACACGUGGAACACCUACCAGUCUAUGCUACGCAUCAUCAAGAAGUACACCUUGCUAUUCCGGACUUCUGCUCAGAGUGACACCGUGAUUCCUGGCUACACCCAGGCUUUCUCCUCAUAUCCAGGCACCAUUUUCUCGGGAGAUGACUUCUACAUCUUGAGUAGUGGCUUGGUGGCUCUGGAAACCACAAUUGGGAACAGCAACAGUGAUUUGUGGAAGUACAUCCAGCCCAAGGACAGUGUUCUGGAAUGGCUACGCAACAUAGUGGCCAAUCGGCUGGCCACGAGUGGAGCAGAGUGGGCGCUUCUCUUCAAGCAGUUCAACAGCGGCACGUACAAUAACCAGUGGAUGAUUGUGGACUAUAAGUCUUUCAUCCCGGGCAAGUCCGGUCUCCAGAAGGGUGUGCUGACGGUCCUGGAGCAGAUUCCCGGGAUGAUGGUUGUGGACGACAAGACCCAGGAGCUGUAUCAGCAGGGUUACUGGGCAAGCUACAAUGUGCCGUACUUUAAAGAGAUCUUCAAUGCCAGCGGCCUUCCUGGGCUGGUGAAGAAGUAUGGCGACUGGUUCACCUAUGACAAAAACCCCAGAGCCCAGAUAUUCCGGCGCAACCAGACUCUCGUUAGGGACAUGGGCUCUAUGAUUCGACUCAUGCGAUUCAACAAUUUCCCAAAGGAUCCGCUGUCUUGGUGCCAAGAGUGCAGCCCGCAACAAAAUGGGGAGAAUUCGAUUGCUGCCCGCUCGGAUCUCAACCCUGCCAACGGCACAUAUCCCUUUGGGGCCUUGCGCCAGAGACCACAUGGAGGCACUGACAUGAAGGUCACUUCCUUUAAGAUGGCCAAAAACUACAACUUCAUCGCCACCAGUGGGCCUACCUGGGAUGACCUCCCUCCGUUCGAGUGGAGCACCUCCCCUUUUGUCAAUCUGCUGCACAUGGGCCAUCCUGACCAGUGGAAAUUCUCUCCCAUCCAAGUCUGCUGGGGCUGAUGCCCUGCAGGGGGUUGGACUUUGCUCAUCACGCCGGGCUCUAUGAGUGUGUGAUCCCAGCUGUUGCAGUGUAGUGGAGACGUGGAUGUUGCAUCUUUGGCUGGCUCUCACUGAAGGAAUAACAGAUGCAUUGUUUUUUAUUUUGAAAGGGUGAGAGCAUUUGAGAAUGAUGGGAUGUAAUUAGAGUUCUAUGUGUGCUGCAGUCACAGAAGAAUACAGUGGGAGAAAUGCAGAAUGUGGUUUGUGGGUGCAGAAUACAGCUACCUGAGAAUGUCAGCUUUUUUUUUUUUUUUAAGGACAAGUUUGUGGCCCUUUCUAACUGCAAAUACAUGCUUGCAAAUUUGUGGGCAAAUGCUUGCUAAAAUCUCAGAAGCCAGAGAGGUGGCUGAAUCAGAUUUCCAGGGGGAAUGGCUACAUCGCCCUGUGAUAGCUCUUCUUUUCCCCCCAUUUCUACCAAAAUCUGAGCAGACACCUGGGUAGAAUUACACUCUUGUAAAACCUUUGAAAUCAAUGGGCAUAGAAAGCUGUAACUUCUUAAGGACUGUACUGCAGAUUAUGCAGAAUGAGAGGAAUCCUGCAAGUUAGAAUAACCUGUGCUGAUCACUGAAUUCAGCUUUGCUCAGUGCAGAAUUUUGGAGUUACUUUCUCUGCUCUUACGACUACAGUCUUGAGCAUUAACAAUUCAGCAUAACAACAACAGAACAAUAAUUGGGUACACCUAUAACAGGUAAAAAACCAUCAAAUUAUCUGGAUCUAACUAUCUGUUGGAUUUAAUUACAUAAGAAAAUAAUUUCACAACAGCCAGAGUAGUACUGUGAUAAUUUCUGGGCAAGAGAGUCUGUAGCUUAUGGUGGGUAGAGGAACUGGCCAGGUCCUUUAGGAAGGGAGAAACAAACUUGGUUCUAUACCUAUGAAAUUUUGGAAAGGCCAAUAAGCCAUGUAACAAAGUUCCAAGCUUCCCUGUUUCACAGUUGCAGAAUUUUGAUAUUACUUCAUCUGCAUCUGGGACAUUAAAAAAAAAUUGUCAUCGAGAGCGAUAUUUUUGUUUCCUUUCUCCUCCCAGAUAGAGACAGGACUGUGCUUUCUGUCUUUGCUUUUCCUCUGUUUGGGUCUGCUGCUGUUCCUGAAUCCAUGAAGCUCCAGCAAUAUCCCUGGAAGUGGCAUGCAUUUAAGUUUUUAAACCAGUUUUGUGCUGGAGGAACUUCUUGCCCCAGAAGGGGUCUGCUUUCUUGUUGCAACUCCUGUAAUUGUGUUGUAGUAAGAUGUUCAGCUCACAAGAAGCCUUGAGGGGGGGAAAUACACAGCAUUGCAUUUUAGAGAUUUCAAGCUAGGGGAUUUUCUCUUGAAAGUGAUUUACCAAAGAUCUGAUUCCACGUGUGCUGCAAACUGAAACUAGUUCUAAGUUGACUUAACUGUUGUGACUUGGAAUGAAUACCGCACACAUGGGUAUCAGACUCAGCAGAGUUCUGAUGAAAAGAAGCACAAGAGUUAAACCAUUUUCUACUGCAGACUUAUUCCUAAUUUCCUCCAUUUGGUUCUACCUGA